AUGGAAGCGUUUAGUUUACCGCCCAUUCAAAGGGGACAGACGCGACCCACGAACGGGAAAAGUGAUGGGGAAAACGAUGGGAGCAAGAGUGGGGUGAAAUUCACCAAACACGGCGCCAAGUUCUAUCUUCCAGCUCUGUUUCCCUCAGCUCCAACAAUCAAGAGCGGGCCUCUUCCAAUGUUGGUCACAGACGUGCACAGGCUGGAGGACUGUCGAACAGUUUACAAAAACGACGGAUUUGAGGCCGCCAUGUAUGGAAUCACCAUGUACAAUAAUUUUCCGGUGAAAGACGUGAAGGUCCAGGGGAAGAUCGUUGGGGAACGAUGGCAGGAACUUUCUCCCGACAGCUUCUUUAUGUUCCUAGAGAUUUGUGACGGAUCGAGCGACGCACCGAUAAGUGUCAAGGUGCGUAACCAGCUUUAUUACCAACAAUUGACCGAUUAUGAUCAGAACGGAGACUUGUUGGUGCAGGUGCGCGGUCAGGGAGUGUUUUACAACGGCAAGGUCGAGAUACAUGCGCACUGGAUCGAGGUCGUUGGCGAUAAGCGUGACAUGGGGCUGGAGAUGGACUGGUGGGAGCAAACUUUGGACGUUCGCAGGAAGUUUCUCGAGGACCCAUGGGAGUUCACUGGGAGUGUAGAGGACGAGGUGCAGAAAUAUGACGAGUUUCGGCGAGAGGAAAACAAACGCCGUGAGGAGUACAAGGAGCUUCUCGCACAGGAGAAGAAGGCCGAACGACAGAAACAGAUCAAGUUGCAUGAAAAGCGUCUUCGGGAGCUUGAGAAACAGGAACGUAGAUCAGACGACCAGAGCGACGACGAGAACACACAGGAACAAACAAUUGAGUCACAACAGGCCGACACAACAGCCGAGUCUGUUGACAGUAUUGUGAACACAGACGAGCCAGCGGACGAGAGCGAAACAAGCCCGGAAGUGGAGGAUGGUAGCAACACGAUCAAGCAAGAGAAUUCCAUCCAAAUAGAUACUGUUGUGGAACAGCCUAAACCUGUGGAAGAGACAUCUGUCCCUCCAGCCGAAGUCCCAGUGAUUACUGUGCCGACCCCCCAAAUCAGACUUCAAACUGAACAAGUGUAUAUUCCACCGCAAUUGUUUACUGGCUCUCGAAUAUCGGUUGAUUUGCUGGACAAACAACCUGGUUCCGAUGACAAGCUGAAGCUCGAGAUUCUCACCUUUUGCAUGAACAACCCGCCAAAGUUCAGUAUCCAUAAAGUGAUGGCCGACAAGGCUGUUCGGUUGCAGCUUUUGCAGGAUAGCUGUGAAGAGCUUCUUGACAAAACGUAUGAGGUUGGUGGAGAAUUUACUUCGGAUAUGUUGCAGAUGAAGGACGGGAAGUUUGAUCCACUACGCAAUGGAAGGUUCCAUACAGCCAGAAAAGCGCUUUGUCGGACGAAACUGGUCAGAUUGACUAAGUCGUUGAAUUUCGAAACCAAGCCGUUGAAACAAGCACAGAAUUACAUCUCUGCUUUGGCCCAGCAUGUGAUGAAGACAGAAAUAGAUGUUUUACAAGAGCUAUUCGACGAUUAUGCCUCUUCAGAGGAGAUCUUGCAGCAACUGUCGAGAUUCUACACCAGCACCGUGAAGCAUUACACCUUCAGAACGUCUGAUCUUGGAGAUCGACUCAAGGAACACUUCAAAGUGGAUCCUCCGGCGCACGUCACACGACGCUUGAUAAUUCACGAACUCCUACAAGCAGGGGUGUCUCGCAUUAUCCAGCCUCGUUCUCUAUGGAGAUUGAGGCUCACAUGGUAUUACAAGGUUUCCGAGGAUUAUUGGAUGUAUUUACCAGAAAUUGUCAGUAAUGAAAAAUAG